AUGGAAGACAGGGUGGAGGAGGGCAGAGAAGAGCAGGAAGAGCCUGCUGUUGAGGAAAAGGUGGAAGACAGGUUGGAGGAGAAGUUGGAAGAAGAGCAGGAGGUGCCUGCUGUUGAGGAAAGGGUGGAAGAAAGAGUGGAGGAGGUGGAGGAGAGAGUCAAUCUUGAGAGAGGAGAGAGCGAGGAGGAUGUUUUCUUACCCAUUCCAAGUGUGAGUCAAAGGCUUCCCAGACCCAAACAAAACUGGGAGGUGGAGUAUGAUGAAAACUGGGACAUGGCAGCUGAGUACAGGGAGCUGAGGAGAGAGAAGGAGCAGGAGCUAGAGCAGGAGCAGGAGCAGGAGCAGGAGCAGGAGUGGACAUGGGAGGGUGACAGCAGUGAAAAUAGAGAGACCGAGCUGAAUGAGGAUCAGAAAGAUGACGAUGCACAGAGCUGGCGUGACGAGAGGCCUUUACCAAGUGUUGCUGUGACAGAUGAGAUGUCCCAGAGAAAGCCCUUCUCCUUCCUCACCUCCACGAUGUCCGUAGAGCAGCUGGCGGAUGAUGAGUCAGAGUCCGGGGGCAGCCAAUCUGACGGCAGCGUGUCUGCUGCCAGCAUUUCGGGCCUUUCUCUGGUCGGAGCUGCAGGAGCUGGCGGGCGCCGGGCCGACGUGCUCCCAGGCCCUUGGCUCACACCCAGCCAGCAGAGAGUGGCUCAGGUCACGGAGGGGAACCGACGCCCCGGGAGGUGGAGCGGGCGGGGAGGUGGGAGAAGCGCUAUCUCGAGACUUUUUAACAGGAAGUAG